CUGCUUUUGCUGGGUUGUGCCCCACGUCACGUCAACCUGGAAGUCGUCAACGACGGAAAUAUUGCACCAUCGCCGUCGCCAUCGCCAUCGUCGCGGGCCGCCGCAUUCUUCCCGUUGGUGCCGUUUCGAGCCGCCUGUUCUGUUUCUACACGCGCGACUCCCAAAGCGCCCCCCGAACGCCGCGGCGUCCCGACAGCUCCUUCAUCCCCCCACCGCAAGUAGCCGAUGGCCGACUCGGUCCGUCACAUUUCGUCGCACGGCGACUUCAAUGAGCUCCUUGCGUCGACGCGCUAUGUGAUCGUCGAUUUUUACGCUGAUUGGUGUGGUCCGUGCAAGGCGAUCGCGCCGCACUUCCUCAAGAUGGCCUCGACCUACUCGAUCCCCGGCUUCCUCGCCUUCGCCAAGGUCAACGUCGACACCGUCGGGUCCGUCGCCCAGAAGUACGGCAUCGCCGCCAUGCCCACCUUCAUGUUCUUCAAGGACGGGAAGCAGGUCGCCGUCAACGGCAACGCCAUCCUGCAGGGCGCGAAUCUGCCGGCCUUGAGCCUCGCCGCCGAGAAGAUGGGCAAGCUGGCCAAGGAGAAGGCCGAGGCCGCCGCCGCCGGGAGCGCAUAAGUUAGAGCACGCAUCGACCGGUGCGGGUCGAAAGACGGAGUCAUGGCUGAUCCACAAUAUCACGAUGGGGUCGAGGGCGUACGGUAAUUGCCAAGAUACCCACGGCUUUCUUUUUUCUUGCCGUCAUCAGAGGCCAAAAGAGCGUCUGGAGUGCUGGAAAUAGAAACUGUUUGUCGGCCUCUCAUUCCCGCACAUGCUCACCCACUGUGCC